UAUUCCCAAAAUGCCGAAAUUUUGAGCCCGGAAGUGGGGAACAGGAAGUAGACCACGGAGGACAAUAAUAAGGUUACACCCAAAUGUGUACGGCUGGAAAACCUUGGUGCAGACCGACAUCAGGCGGCGAGGAAGGGAUCCCAGAGCAAUGGCUUUCCCUGAGCCGAAGCCGCGAGGUCCGGAGCUGCCGCAAAAAAGGUUGAAGACGCUGGACUGCAGGCAGGGAGCGGUGCGAGCCGUGCGAUUUAAUGUGGAUGGCAAUUACUGCCUGACUUGCGGCAGCGACAAGACCCUGAAGCUGUGGAAUCCGCUGCGAGGGACGCUGCUGCGGACGUACAGCGGCCACGGCUACGAGGUGCUAGACGCGGCCGGCUCUUUUGACAACAGCAAUCUCUGCUCUGGCGGCGGGGAUAAGGCAGUGGUGCUGUGGGACGUGGCAUCGGGCCAGGUCGUACGUAAAUUCCGGGGCCACGCAGGGAAGGUGAACACGGUGCAGUUUAAUGAAGAGGCCACUGUCAUCCUGUCUGGCUCUAUCGAUUCCACUAUCCGCUGCUGGGACUGCCGAUCUCGGAGACCUGAGCCAGUGCAGAAGCUUGACGAAGCCAGAGAUGGCGUGUCCAGUGUGAAGGUGUCAGACCAUGAGGUCCUGGCAGGCUCCGUGGACGGCCGGGUUAGGCGCUAUGACCUGAGGAUGGGACAACUGUUCUCAGACUACGUGGGCAGCCCCAUCACCUGCACCUGUUUCAGCCGGGACGGGCAGUGCACCCUGGUGUCCAGCCUGGACUCCACCUUGCGGCUUCUGGACAAGGACACGGGGGAGCUGCUGGGGGAGUACACGGGCCAUAAGAACCAGAAGUACAAGCUGGACUGCUGCCUGAGCGAGCGUGACACACACGUGGUCAGCUGCUCUGAGGAUGGGAAGGUGUUCUUCUGGGACCUGGUGGAGGGUGCCCUGGCACUGGCCCUGCCUGUGGGUCCCGGUGUGGUACAGUCACUGGCCUACCACCCCACGGAGCCCUGCCUGCUGACCGCCAUGGGGGGCAGCGUCCAGUGCUGGCGGGAAGAGGCCUACGAGGCCGAGAGUGGCACAGGCUGAAGCCAGGGGACCCACCACCACGGACACAGAUGCAGGCGCAGGACCUCUGAGAACAUUUAUUGUAGACAUGCUGCUGCCCAAGGAGUUGGAGAGGAGUUGGGUCUGCAAACUAAUAGAGGCGGGGAGACCUCCCUGGGGCUGCA